AUGGCUGGAGGAUCUGUCAACAUCCGUCGCGACAUCAGCGACCCCUUCUAUCGCUACAAGAUGGAGCGUCUUCAAUCCAAGAUUGAAGGAAAGGGUAACGGUAUCAAGACCGUUGUCGUCAACCUGAGCAACGUCGCUCAGCAACUCGCACGCCCUCCUACUUACGUUAUCAAGUAUUUCGGCUUCGAACUCGGUGCCCAGACCACCAACGACCCCAAGGAUGACCGCUGGAUCAUCAACGGUGCCCACGAGGCUUCCAAGCUGCAAGAUUACCUUGACGGCUUCAUCAACAAGUUUGUCCUGUGCAGAAGCUGCAAGAACCCCGAGACUGUUAUUAGCAUCAAGGACCAGCGCAUUCUCAUGGACUGCAAGGCUUGCGGUACCAUCACCGAGGCCGACCCUCGCCAGAAGCUGUCUUCUUUCAUCUUGAAGCAGCUCCCCGCCAAGGGCAAGAAGGACAAGUCCACCAAGAAGGCUGAGCGCAGGGCCAGAAAGGAGGCCGAGCGUAACGGCACUGCUGUCAACGACGAUGGAAACGGUAGCAACAACGGUAGCUCGGACCAGGACGACGAUGACGCCGACGUCGGUCUUGACGCUGGCAGCGACGACGAGCUCACCCGCCGCAUUAACGCUGAGGCUCAAGAGCUCGACGAGCCUGAAGAGGAGAAGGAAGUUGAAUGGACUGUCGACAUGUCCGAGGAGGCCAUCAAGGCCCGCGCCAGAGAUCUGCCUGAUGAUCUCAAGCGUGCUCUCGUCAUUGAGGGUGCCGAGGACGAGGAUGGUGAGGGCAACCCCUACGACCAAUUCGGCAAGUGGAUCCUUUCCGAGGGCGAGGCCAAGGGUGGUGUCUCCAAGCUUGACGACGUCGAGGUCUAUCUCAAGGCCAAGGAGCUUGGUAUCGAGACCAAGCACAAGACUGUCGCCGUCAUGGCUCAGACUAUCUUCGACGAGAACAUCGUCAAGCAGGUCGAUGCCCGCAGCAGCAUGCUCAAGCGUAUGAUCUCUUCCGAGAAGCACGAGAAGGCUUUCCUCGGCGGUUUCGAACGCUUUGUCGGCAUGGAGAAGCCCGACCUCAUCCCUCAGGUUUCCGCUAUCCUCCUCCAGUACUACCAGAACGACCUUGUGUCUGAGGAGACUCUCAAGGCCUGGGGCUCCAAGGCCAGCAAGAAGUACGUUGAUCUGCCCACCAGCAAGAAGGUCCGCAAGAGCGCCGAGAAGUUCAUCGAGUGGCUCGAGACUGCCGAGAGUGACGAGGAGGACGACGAAGAGUCUUCUGACGAGGAGUAA